AUGAGUGUGCAGAGACCCAAAGGAAAAACAGGUGCAGCAGCAGAUGCAGCAGCAGCAGCAGAAGAAGCAGCAGCAGAUGCAGCAGCAGGUGCAGCAGCAGAAGCAGCAGCAGCAGCAGCAGCAGCAACAGACGCAGCGGCAGCAGCAGCAGCAGCAGAAGCAGACGCAGAGACACCCAAAGGAAAAACAGGUGCAGCAGCAGAUGCAGCAGCAGAUGCAGCAGCAGAAGCAGCAGCAACAGAUGCAGCAGCAGCAGCAGAAGCAGCAGCAGAAGCAGACGCAGAGGCAGCUCCAUGA